AUGUCGAUAGAAUCACUGGCGGAAGAAUCGUCUUCCGUGUCAGUGACUGAUUUGCGCAUCGUUUGCUUGAUUCCUUCCGCCACGGAUAUUUGCGUCGCUCUCGGAUUGCAGGCUGCCAUUGUCGCCGUCACGCACGAAUGUGAUACAAACCUUUGGUCGCGAGCGUCGUCGCGUACGGCAGUCAAGAUCAUUACAAGAGACGGGGUGAACGGGAACGAGACGUCGCAGGGUGCCAUACACGAUCAAGUUGUGGCGAGCUGUCGGGCAAAAGAUGAGGCCGUCGGUGAUGGGGACAUUCCCGCACUGGCGGACGUGCCUUCCUUGUAUCCCAUUUGGGAGGACGAAUUCCGCGAGGCUCUACAGCUCAACGACGUUCACGACAGUAGUAAGCGCCUUGUGAUUACCCAGGACCUGUGUGAAGUGUGUGCUCCCUCGUCCGAAACCGUUCGUCGGCUUGUGGGCAAGGAUGCCUCACAGCCGCCACCGCCACACGAGGUUCACGUUGUGUCCCUCACGCCACAAUCGCUGUGGGACGUUGCCGCUAAUAUUCUCACCGUCGGCCAUGCCUGCGGGGUCCCACGACGUGCCAAAAUCGUUCACGAUGCGUUUCUGAGUAAUUUACAGACACUGGAAACGACCGUUACCGAAGUUCGUUCCCAUGAUGGUGCACCCAAGCUCUUCCUAUUGGAAUGGUUGGAUCCACCCUUUGACGGUGGCCAUUGGAUUUUGGAUAUGAUGCAGUUCGCCGGCGUGCAACCCGCCCAACACAAGCACACCCAGAAAUCGACAUCGACGACCUGGGCUCAAGUCCGUCAGGCCGAUGCCGAUGUGAUUCUGGUCGCCUGUUGCGGUUUUGGUCUGGAACGGAACGUUCGUGAUACUUUCGGUGCACGCAACCAGUUGCAACAACUGCGUGCCGCUCGCAAUCGUCGCAUCUACGCCACCAACGGUGACCACUACUUUGCCCGUCCCGGUCCUAAACUACUGCAUGGUGCAAUCAUAAUGGCGUUGACAGCUUACGCGGAUCAGCCGGAGGUGGUGCAAGCGAUUCAGGCUUUGGACUUUGUCGACGCGGAACUGGGUGGAUAUCAAAUGGUCGAUGUUCUGGACCCUACCAUUGUACAAGCAAACAACGAUGUUCCCGACAUGGAAGACUUUGACCGCUUGCACCGCGAAGCCUGCAGCGCCGGUUCGUUAUCCUACCCGGACCCCGUUACGGGCUAUAAGGUCUUCACCGAGCUCGCCCACCGUCAACGUGGCAAAUGCUGUGGUUCGGGCUGUCGGCACUGCCCGUACAAUCACGAAAACGUCAAGAAUAAGGCGGGGAAAAUACAACAGCCGGCCAUGCUCACCGCUGGCGACCAGACGGGUCCACUGGCACUGUCCAACGGAAACCUGCACGUGCUGUUCUUUAGUGGCGGUAAGGAUUCCUUCCUGGCUAUUCGGGCAUUGACUCGACAAGCCAAACAGACUGCCCCGUUUGGGUUAGCCCUGUUAACCACGUUUGAUGCCACGUCGCGUAUUAUUGCGCAUCAGGAUAUGCCGAUUGAUACCGUUGUGGAACAAGCGACACAUCUGGGUUUGGCAUUGAUUGGUGUCCCCAUACACCGGGGGAGUGCCGAAGGAUACGUGACACGAGUUCGCAAGGGGUUAGAGGUAUUGCAGAGCAGCGUUAAACCCCCAAGCAAGGUCACAACCUUGGCCUUUGGCGAUUUGCAUUUGGAAAAUCUGGUGGAAUGGCGAAAUUCCCAAAUCGGAUCGCUCGGCUAUAAAUUGCAAUAUCCCGUAUUCCAGACCGAGUACGAAAUACUGUGGCAGGAUUUGGAAGCGUCCAAGGUACCGUGUGUCGUAUCGUCAUCAACGGUUGAUCACAUCCGUGUUGGGGAUGUCUACAGCCGAGAGUUUGCCCAACGGUUACCGGAAUGCGUCGAUCGCUUCGGUGAGAAUGGUGAAUUUCACACAAUCGCACAAGUUUGGGAAGUAGACCGCAUCACGGCUUUGGGAUUUAUAGAUAGUUAA